AUGGCCGCAGUGGUACACACCGGCUCAAUAUCGUAUCAUCCGCCGCCUUCACACUCUCAGACCAGUACAGAUUCUCUGUCGAACGGCAUACAGCCGUCGCAUUCGACAAUGACCUCCUUUGAGGCACCACAAUCCUCCGCCACGACACCGACACCAACGCCUCCUACUUCUAGACAACAACACGUGCCCUAUCCACCUUCUAGCUUUGGUGUCUUGAACGGCUCACAUGGAUCUCUUCCAAACCCACGACCUUCACCGAGUUCUAAGCCACCGGGACAACGUCAGUACAAUCCCGGAUACAAGCCUCAGAUUUACACUGCUGUAUAUUCUGGUGUUUCUGUAUAUGAGAUGGAGAUCGAUGGCCUGGCGGUCAUGCGAAGACGAAACGACUCGUGGAUGAACGCAACACAGAUAUUGAAACUCGCGGGAAUCGAUAAAGGGAAGCGUACAAAGGUCUUGGAGAAAGAGAUCCUGAAUGGAGAACACGAAAAGGUCCAAGGCGGUUAUGGAAAAUACCAAGGAACAUGGAUUAGUUACAAUCGAGCGAUCGAGUUUGCAAAAGGAUAUGGCGUUGUGGAACCGCUACGACCAUUGCUCGAAUAUGACAUGGGCCAAGAGGGUCAACAAGCAGGCGCUGGCAACCUCAAUACUCCUACCAAAGAGCAAGCAAUGGCUGCCCAGCGAAAAAGAAAUAUGAUGAACGGCGGGUUAGAUCGAGGACCUGCUCAAUCGCCGAACGGGACUUUCUUCAAGAACAUGUCGAAGUCUGCUGCAAAUGCUGUGAAUGCAAUCAAUAAGGCUAGAUUUGACUCUCCAGCACCGAGACCAGCAAGUGGAGCUGCAUUUCGUCGCCCAUCACAGCAGGUGGAUACCCAAGACUCAGCCUACGCGAAUAGUAGCCAACAAAGUAUGCGAAGCUUGCAUUCAGAACCCAGCUUCGGCAACGGCCAAUUGGAUCCAGCUUUACGAGAGCGCGAAGGCCCCUACUACAAGAAUAUAUAUAACGCGCUCAACGAGGAGCCACCUCAAAAGAGAAUGAAAGCUUCGUUCAGCCAAGACACAAAAGAUGCUAACGGCACUGACGUGACCACGAGAGACGGACAUGACCAUGAUGGGUACACGAACGGCAUCUCGCCGUCAAAGGCCGGAAUUGCUCUCAUGGGCCUUCCACCAUUGAAGCACCCAAGUAUCGAUCUUGAGACUGGGAAACCACGACUGAUAUCAUCCCUGUUUUUUGACCCGACCCGGGAACACUUCGCAGAUCAUCCAGCUAUGCUCAAAUUGUCUAGUCACGACAUGGACAUUCCAAUAGACAAGACUGGCCACACAGCGUUGCACUGGGCCGCAACACUUGGAAAGCCGUCGCUCGUCCGUGCAUUGGUCCAGAAGGGAGCAAGUGUGUAUCGGCUCAACAAUGGAGGGGAGACGCCACUUGUCCGAUCCGUCAGGACCACGAACAAUCUCACUCGCCUAUGCUUCCCAGAAUUACUGGAGUUCCUUGGCCCUACUAUAGAAAUUAGGGACGAUCGAGACCGAACAGUACUUCAUCAUAUUGCAGUCUCAUCUAGUAUGGGGCCAGAUCGAGCUAAAGCCGCACGAUACUAUCUCGAAUCCUUACUGGAAUACGUCGUUCGAUCAGGCAGCGCCACGAACAGCCAAGCCAACUCUUUUCAUGAUCCCACAGCUCCUUCUAAACCAAGGCCAAUAGGCUUAGCUAGGUUUAUGAACGAUAUCGUCAACGCACAAGAUCUAUCUGGAGAUACAGCUUUGAAUUUGGUCGCUCGACUCAAUAACAAGACAAUCGCCAAGCAGCUAUUAGAGGUGGGAGGGAAUCCUGCUAUACCCAAUUGUGGUGGUCUGAAGCCAAGCGACUUCGGAGUGAGAGGAGAAUAUGAUAUGAAUGACGACACAGUUGAUUCCCAAGUCAAAGCUCCAGAUGCGCCUCCAAAUCGAGUUACACAAUCAAGUCAGGAGCUCCUGAGCACUAUCAAAACCUUCGUCGCCGAGACUGAAACAUCCUUCAACGCAAACAUGCAAUCCAAACAAUCCUUAAUUGACCAAUCUCAAUCCAACCUCAAAGAAUCUACGCGCCUCCUCAACGAAGAACGCGAACGCCUCAAAGUCGUCCAAGAAGCUGCCGAGAAACGUAAAGCUCUGCGCCAACGCAUCUCUAAUCUCAAAGCAGCGAACGAACAGCACCGGCAAUACCUUGGCGCUGCGGCGCGUGCAGACAUAAAACUCGGCGAAGCGGACGCCGGGCUCGAAGUCGACGCCACCAUCCUCCCUCCUCCCCCAUACAGUGCUACCGAUCCGCUCGAGCUGGACGAGAACCAAAAGAGCUACGUCUCGAGCCUCCCCACUGCAGCGGUCAUCGAAGCGAGAAAGAGAGCAUACAAGCAAUUGAAUGACGGCUUGGAGAAAAGGUAUCGGGAACUCAAGAGCCAGAGCUUCGAAGCUGAAGGCAUGCUCAGGAAGCUCGUGGCGCUGUGUACGGGCGUUGGAGAGGAGAAGGUGGAUGAGCAAAUUGCGCGGUUGGUGAGGGUCAUGGGGAAAGAGGAGAUAGGGGAGAGGGAGAGUAGGCGGGUCAGGGAGUUCUUGAGGCGGGUGGAGGGGGAGAAGUUGACUGCAUAUCAUUGA